AUGGAAAGAUUUCUGAAAAGAAAGGCAUCAACGUCCGAUAAUAGUGGAAAACCUUUAAACAACUUGCGCAAUGAUCUUCCCUCGAUGCCUAGGGAAGUUGAUUUGAAUAAUCUUCCAUCGAAUCCAACUGAAAGGAAAAGAAUUUUACAAUACCACCCUAAUCAAAGAGAGGAAAUCAGACGACACUAUUUGAUUAAAGGACCGUGUCAACCACGUGGUCACGACUUUCCAAAAAGAAUAAUUGGGAACAAGGCAAGACGUUUUAACCCGGUUUGGUUUGAUCAAUACGGUAAUUGGUUUGAGUAUAGUUUAAAAUUAGAUAAAGUUUUUUGCUUAUGUUGUUACUUAUUUAGAGAUCAAUGUGGUGGACAAGGUGGGAGUGAUGCUUUUUUAACCGAAGGCUUUAGUAGUUGGAAUAAACACAUCGAGACUGGAAAAUUCUUUGACAUGAUAGCAUCUUUGAUGAAUGUGGUUUGUGCUUCUUGUAAGCGAACAUAUAUGGUUCAAGAAAGUCAAAAGGAGAAAGUACAAGAAGCCAUUGGUAGCGAUGAAACUGAAACGAGUAGUGGGUUAAAUCAAGAGCUUUCUCUUGGAAGACCUAGAGAUACACGAUGGGGUUCACACUACAAAACACUUAAGCGUUUGGUUGAUUUGUUUCCAUCCGUUAUUGAGGUGCUUGAGUAUGUUGAAGAUGUGUGCGAGAAUCCUUACAACCAACGUCAAGCAAAUGGUCUUCAAAUAUAUUUCCAAUCAUUUGAUAGUGUGUUUUAUUUGCACUUAAUGUUGCAUAUUUUGGGGGUCACAGAAUCAUUGUCACAGGCUCUUCAGAAAAAAGAUCAAGACAUCUUGAAUGCUGUUUCAUUGGUGAAGUCAACCAAGCGACAGUUGCAACAAUUUAGAGUUGAUGGAUUUUGUCGGCUUCUUGAGAAGAUCUAUUCUUUUUGCGAAAAACACGAACAUCGGAACAGUUAA